UUUGGCCUUGGCUGCCACACCACACCAUAACUGCCGUCACUGCCUUUGUUUCUUUUAUUUGACUGCAAUAAAAGCUUUCUCCUUAAGCUUUGGUUUCACAAAAGAAAAGAACAAAAUAAAAAACAGAAAACAAAAAAAAACAAUAACAGAGCAACAACCAACAAACGGUAGCUCCCUUUACCUCUCUCUCUAACUAUAAUUAUGUUAUGGUGACGGUAUUUGUUGAUCUCUGAGUGAGAGAGAAAGAGAGAGAGGGGGGGCAUGGGGUCGUGUGUGUCAACGCCGGACCGGUGCGUUGGAGGGAGAUUGGGUUCGUCCAAGAAGAAGAAGAGCCGGAAGAGGAGAAGAGAUGGGGUGAAAAGAUGGGCUAAACAGUCUCCGGGUCGGGCCGCCCGGUUGCCUGAGGGAUCACCGGACAGGUUUGAUGGGUCUGCUCCUCCUGAUCGCUCCACCUUCAACAACCCCACUUUCCAAGCUUCCACAGAAAGUAUCGAAGAGGCAUGGUUUGAUCCAGUUGCAAUAUUUGAAUCGGACUGCGAUGAAGAUUUCCAAAGUGCUCCAGAUGAGAUGCCAUCUUUAAACGGCUUUGACCAUGUAUCUGUAUCUUGUAAUUCGUCUGUGAAAGAUGCCAAUUGUGGAGAGUAUAAUGACAAUGGCCUCCAUACCUCUUCUACUGAUCGAAUGCAUAAACCAGGGGAUCUUUCAACAGAAAAUUCUGCAAGCAACUCUGUCACUGUGGUUUCUCAAAGGAGCAAUGUACAGAUCAUGAAUGUUAAUGACGUUGAUACCCAAACGAAAUUUAAUGAUCAUUCAGUAAUUGAAGCAAAUGAACCUGUGUUCCUUGAUGAAAUCUCCUCUUCUGUGGAUGAAACCUCUGCCAAGGAGGAAGGAAUACUGGAUAAUUGUGGGAUUCUUCCAAGCACCUGUCUGCCUUGUCUUGCGUCAACCGUUCCCUCAGUUGAAAAGAGAAGGUCGCUAAUUUCUAGUCCGCCGAGUGCAAGGAAAAAGGCUGCCUUAAAACUUCCCUUCAAAUGGAAAGAGCAAGCUAAUGCAACUUUAUUUUCCUCAAAGAAGCUUCUGCAAAGACCAAUAGCAGGUUCUCAAGUUCCUUUUUGCCCUAUAGAAAAGAAAAUGUUUGAUUCUUGGUCACAUAUUGAGCCAAAUACUUUCAAAGUUCGGGGACCGAAUUACUUUAGGGACAAGAAGAAGGAAUUUGCUCCCAGCUAUGCUGCAUAUUAUCCAUUUGGUCUUGACGUAUUUUUAUCUCAGCGAAAAAUAGAUCAUAUAGCUCGCUUUGUGGAACUCCCUAUUGUUAAUUCAUCUGGAGAUCUUCCUGCCAUUCUUGUUGUAAAUGUACAGGUGCCAUUGUAUCCUGCUGCAAUUUUUCAGGGUGAGACUGAUGGAGAAGGAAUGAAUUUUGUUUUGUACUUUAAGCUUUCUGAUAUAUACUCCAAGGAACUUCCAUCAAAUUUUCAAGAAAAUAUCAGAAGGUUAAUUGGCGAUGAAGUUGAAAAGGUCAAAGGUUUUCCUGUGGAUACAAUUGCACCCUUUCGAGAAAGGUUGAAAAUAUUGGGACGUGUUGUGAAUGUGGAAGAUCUUCACUUGAGUGCACCGGAGCGGAAGCUUAUGCAGGCUUACAAUGAAAAACCAGUUCUUUCACGUCCUCAACAUGAGUUUUACUUGGGAGAAAACUACCUGGAGAUUGAUUUGGAUAUGCACAGAUUUAGUUAUAUCUCUAGGAAGGGGUUUGAAGCAUUCUUGGAUAGGCUAAAGCUCUGCAUCUUGGAUGUUGGCCUCACAAUUCAGGGGAACAAGCCCGAAGAGUUGCCCGAGCAGAUCUUAUGUUGUAUACGAUUGAAUGGAAUUGACUACAUGAACUACCACCAACUGGGGUUGACGCAAGAUCCCCUUUGACCCCCGUAAGUGUUGGGACAAUGUAAAUCUUAAAAUCAAUCAUUAAUACAGCAAAAAUUCAAGAGGUUUCAUCUUUUGUGUGGUUGUAGACUCAUAAUCUCCAAUGAAUUGAGGCAACAAGCAUGCCAUAGCAAGUGCAAAAAUCA